AUGAAGUUUGAAUAUCUUCCCAAUGAAAUAUUACUUGAUAUCUUCGAAUAUUUCCAUCUCCGCGAUCUCUUUCAAACAUUUCAUAAUCUUAAUUUUCGAUUAAAUCAACUUCUCUAUGAAUCUUUUCGUUCUUAUUCACUGGAUUUGCGAUCGAUCUCACGAUAUGAUUUUGAUAUCAUCUGUCAACAACAUCUGCCAAUCAUUCUUCACAAAAUCACCUCAAUUCAUCUAGCUGAUAACGAUGAAACACCAAAUCUGCCACAGAGAUUUCUCUCACAAAGUAUUUCAGUGGAUCAAUUCACUCAUCUCAAAUCGCUCUCGAUACAUUCGAUUCAAUCAAUCGAUAUAAUACAUCAAAUUAUUAAACAAUCUCAGCAAGUCACACAUCUGAAGAUAAUCAAAUGCUUUUGUGAAUACAAAGAAAUUCAACUGAUUAAUCAGAUUUGGAGUUUACCGAAAUUAACCUUCUGUCAUCUUGACAAUCUCAUUUCCAAAGGAAUCUACUUCUCGGAACUAUUGACUCCAUCGUCAACAAUAAAAUAUUUAUCCAUAAAAAAUAUUAUCUGUGAUUUCCGUUCUUUAUCUUAUGUUUUCCAAAAAACGCCUUCCCUUCAACACCUAUCAACUACAAUCGUAUGUACAGAGAAAUUCGAAAAAAUUCCUCCGCCAACAAAUCCAUUGUUGACUAAACUGUCUCUUUCAUACGAUGGUUCGAUACCAUCACUGAUGAAUCUCUUUCAGCAUAUGCCUCUUUUACGUUCGUUGACUAUUAGCACAUCGUAUCUGUUACUAGAUGGUGAUGAAUGGCAAGCAAUACUUACGGAUUGUCUUCCACAAUUGAAAUAUUUUCAUUUUAAAAUGUCGUUUCAAUUUCCACAAAACUAUGACACAAACGACGCUGCUGACGAACUUUUAGCUACUUAUCAAAGUGAGUUCUGGAUAAAAAAACAUCAAUGGCAUGUUCAAUGCGAUUGGAAUGCAUCCGAUCCAUUUUAUGGUGCAAUUCUUUACACACUUCCAUAUAUGUUUCAUGAUUAUCAUUACGUGAAUGACUCGUGCUCGAAAUCAACCUUACCAAAUAAGACUACUUGUCAAACUCAUAUUCAUGUGAAAAAUCUUCAAUGUGAACAUAAUAUUGUCAAUCAUUUCAUUUACUUAUCAACGAAAUUUACAAAUCUUUCUCAUCUAGAUCUGAUUCUUCCAUUUAACAACGAAUUUCUUCGAAAUAUUUCGACAUUCACUCAUCUAAAAUCACUCGAUGUCACUUUAUUAUCGAGUCGAGACGCCUACCAACAAUUACAAUGCCUUUUAAAUCAUACACCUCAUCUCUAUCUUCUAAGAUUUUCACAUCUAUCGGACAUGAAUGAAGCUCUAUUCUCACUAAGUAAUCCUUCCAUUCGUCGAUUGGAUUUUUUAAAUAAACAAUCAAUGAUUUACAAUUGGUAUUUCAACACAGAUGAAUGUCAAGCAUUAACGAAUUCUAUCCUCGGACGUCAGUGUCAAACCUUGAUAAUCGACAUUCAAGCUCGAAAUGAUGUUCUUGAUCUGGUCAAUAAUCUAACUAAUCUUCGUUCAUUAAUAUUUCAAUGUAAAGACGAUAAAGGCAAACAAAAACUUCUCUCUACGACAGACGAUGAAUUAAUUCAAUGGUUUCAUGAGCAUUUACCUUCGACAUGUACAAUAUCGAGAGAUGCACAUAUCAGUUCGAUUAUUCAAAUGUGGAUUCGCUGA